AUGACAAACUGGCUGCACACUGGCCAAGGCCUGCUUUGGAAGAAGAAGGUUGAACGCUAAGCAGUAAUCAGCGUAAGGUACAAUGUCAAAUCCAUAUCAGAGUGCUGGAGGCAGUCUAAAACUAAAAGGCGUAUCAGAUUUAGGCAUAAAGAAGAAAAAAAAGAAGAGCAAGAAAUUUCAGAAAUUCAAAGAACAAGUACCAACUGUACAAGAUUCAACAGACGAAGCCCCAAGUGCACUGAAACGAGAUAGAAGAACUCCAGCUGAAAUAGCAUUUGAAAGAGUCCAAGAAAAAAGGAAAGCCCAAAGAAUUUUAGAAAAAGCUCAGAAAAAACACAAGGAAAGAGUUGAGGAAUUUAAUCAAAACCUGGACAAGCUAUCAGAACAUUAUGAUAUUCCCAAAGUCAGUUGGACAAAGUAAAGUUUCUUAUUCAAUAUAAAGUUCUGUAAAUAUUAUUGUCCUGGAAAUAGGGGUAUAAUGGCAAGUCAUGUGGUGAGAAUUGUUGAGGUCCAUAAGCCCUGUAGUAGCUUUCUGUAUGGUAGUAGAUGGACUGAAGGCCUAGGUUUACUGCAUUUACCUGAAUAAUGCUAAAUGACAAACUCACAAAAACUUAGUCAUGAAAGCUGUUGGGUUAUUCCAAGCAAAACAAUCUGGAGUGGUGCAUUGUUUUACUCAGUGAUAUAAACAAAAAUGCUACAAUAUUGUAAAACUUAUCAAAAUUGGUUUGUGUAAAUCUUUAUACAACUUUUUAACUUAUCUAUUGAUUUCUAAAUGUUCAAAAAUGUAUCCUCAUCUUUUUUUUUUGUAUUAAUUGUUUAUUCUGAGAGUGAAAUAUUGAAAAACAAUAAUAGAUCAUGAAACGGUUGGCAUAAAUGUUGUGAAUUUUUGUAUUGGUUCUAGUUUUACUUUUAUGUUAUAAAAUUAGUACUUGGCACUAACUGAAAGGUGAAUAAAAUAAAAAAAAUACAGUUAAAACACUAACAGUUGGAACAAUAAACAUUGUAAAUAUCCAUAAA